AUGAGCAAAGAAAUCCCCCUUAUCAUUCUUGACUCUGAUGAUGAAGACGAGCUCCAGAUCACUGGUACUGCUAUUUGUGCUCAGAACAGAAUCGAUUCAGGCCCCGAAUGCUCCCGUAGAGUCUAUAGCCCAACCAACAGCCAGCAAACAGGGAAUGGCGAAGAUAGCCAGCAAGUGACAACAGUUGGCAGAACUCACAGAGUCGCUCAUCCAACCUCUCCCAGCACGUCAGAAUGGCUUCAACCUGCCAUUCCCAUGGAGCGGAGUCCUUAUUUUGGUCUUCCGUUGUCAUCACCAACAAACUCCCUUUCGGACAAUUCUGGCGCAAAGAAUGAGGCAACUUCUCCACAUCCAAAUGGCGCCCUGGCAGAAUCGACUACAUCUACUGGACAAGAACUCAAAGCUGAACAUGUUUCUUCGCCUUCACCGUGGACAAAAGAAUUCUUUAUGGACAUGGCAGAUGCCAUUGCACAUAUUUUCCCGUAUGGCGAAUUGGCGCGCAAGCACAAAUGCAGUGUGGAUAAGGUGAAUCGAGCCUUGAUUGCCGUUGUGCUUGAUCCGCUGAUGAAGAGAAUUGAGGGCCAGGUCAGUUGUGGAAACGCCAACGAGGUAGGGGAGGCAGAGCAUACUCAGACUGCUCUGCCAGAAACAUGGGGAUCUCCCAAUACUCUGGUCAACAAGUGGAACCAGCAAUAUCAAGAAAUGGUGUCUGAGCUUCAGAGAGAAAGCGAAGGGAAAGGCCUGCCUAUGGAAUUCGAGCAGAUUCUUAUUGCGGCGCCGGGGAAUGCGGAAGCUUAUUGGAAGGAGAGGAAUGCAGGGUUUAAUGCUUACCAGGCUUUUCAGAAUGCAAGGAAGAAUGACACGGCUGAAGACAGGCCUGGAGAGCAGGUUGGGGAAUAUAAAAGUCUCCAACAGCAGCUGAAGAAUGUGGUGCAAACGGCAGACCCAGAGAAUCAGUCGUUUUUGCCUGGGACAGCAGUCACAGCAGUUUUUACGUUGGGUACUAAGGAGGCCGCGGAAAACGGAUCUAAUGCGACGGGCCGUAAACGUGCAAGAAGCUCGUCGGAAUCUGUCGAAGAAAAGGACAUUAGUCAUGACAGAGACAGCAGCAAGUCUGCACCCCCAUCACCAUCGACAGCGACAUCACCCGCGCUCUACCAAGUUUCUACACCUCCCCCACGGAAGAAGGCAAAAACAAUAUCGUCAAUAUCGUGUCAAUCCACCCCGACUCAGACAAGUACAGAAGAAUCCAUCAAUUCGAGCCAUGGACUAUAUGGCCCCAUCCCAAAACACCCAUUUGUCACUGAUGGGGCUUCUGACACUUACACGCUCUUAAAAUUUCCCUACAACCGCAUCCACAAUACCGACAAUCGUCCAACGCCUUCCCCUCCCCCAUCCACGUCCUCUUCCGGGUCGUUAUCUCCAACCCCCCAAACGCCAACACCGCUCCCCAGAUCCAGAUACCUCCCCAACAGCACCGUGAAUCUAUUCCCAAAUCCCAAAUUCUCAAUGAUCCCCCGGCCCGCUCCAGCCCGAUCCAACUUCACCCGCUCCACCCGCCGUCAUGCAGUCACCGUCGAUAAAUUCGGCAACUACCAGCGCGAGAAGCCUAGCCAGCGCGAAUAUCAAUCCACAGCUUAUCACAUCAGUAGCAAGGACAGAGAUAACAUCCUCCUCCCCCGCCUCAAUGACCUUUUCCCUCGCAGACAGUCCGCCAGGGAUCAGCAGCGGGAACCUACAGAGAGCGACAACGAAUGCGACUUCUAUGAUCCGUACUGCCACGCGGGUGUUGAUCGGACGACGAGAGUCUUUACGGAGGGGUUGUGGGAGCAGUUGUUUGGGGGGUUCGGGAUGGGGUCGGGGUCGGGGCCGGGGCUGGAGGACGGAGGAGCGAGGGAGUUGAUGGGGUUGGACUUUGGGCUGGAGCAGAUUGAAGUGAGCGGACAGGGGAAAGGCAAGGCGAGGAUGAUUGGUGAUUUUGGUGGUGAUGUGAAUGGGCACGGGGCUGCUGGGGUUGGAGAGAGUGGUUGGGAGGAUGACGAUGCUGGUGAUGAUGUUGGUGGAGAGAGGGGUUGGGAGAGUGCGUGA